AUGCCGAACGACGAGGAAACAUUUCAAGAUGCAGUGGCCCCAUUUCAAGUGGCACGGCUGGCAGUUAAGCCGCCACCGUUUUCGAGGCCAGACCCGCGCCUCUGGUUUGCGCAGGUUGAGGCUCAAUUUGCACGGGCCGGAAUUUCCACAGACGAAACUAAAUAUUUCACGGUUGUGGCCGAGAUCGAUUCAGCAGUACAGGCGCACGCUAGCGACGUUAUUUCGUCCCCACCUGACACCGGUAAAUAUGAUGCGUUGAAACAAAGGCUUGUUGCAGAAUUUAGUGAGACCAGUGAGAAAAGGCUCCGGCGAUUAUUUGAAAGUUGUGAGUUAGGUAAAAAAAAACCUACAUCGUUAUUGCGCGAAAUGAAAGAUCUAGCGAAUCAACAGCUGGGUAAGGAGAUGUUGAAGUCUUUAUGGUUACAUCGUUUACCCGUUCAAGUACAGCAAAUUUUAGUAACGCUCGAAGGCGAUGUGGAGGAUUUGGCUAAGAAAGCGAAACGAAUAGCAGUGUCGACGCCGUCAGUACACCAAGCGACGGUAUAA